AUGGCACCCAACAAGAAGAUCAUUCUCAUCACCGGCGCCAACUCCGGUAUUGGCUAUGACACCUCCUACGCCCUCGCCAAUGACUCGCCAGACAACCACAUCAUUAUGGGUGCCCGUUCCAGCGUCAAGGGCCUUGCGGCUCUCAACGGGAUCCAGGCACGUAAGCCUGCCGGCACACUCAGCUUCCUUGAGCUCGAUAUCACCUCCGACGAGUCCAUCAAGGCUGCCGCGCAGAAACUAGAGUCUGACUUUGGCGUCCUCGACGUACUCGUCAAUAACGCCGGCAUUUCAGGCAAGGAAGAGGUCUCGCGAGAGAAUUUCCACACCGUCUUCGACACCAACGUCUUCAGCACCAUGCUCCUGACCCAGGCCCUGGAGCAUCUGCUGCGGAAGUCCCGCGAUCCUCGGAUCAUCAACGUCUCCUCGGUCCUCGGCUCCAUCACGGUGCGGAACGAUCACUCCUCCCCAUAUACACAGGUUGCGGGAGAGACGUACCGCGUCAGCAAAGCGGCGCUGAACAUGGUUACCGGAAUUCAGGCCUAUAAGUUCAAGGAAUGGGAGCACCCAGCGAAGGUCUGGUCGUUUUGCCCUGGGUUCGUGGUCACCAACUUGACCGGGGAGGAUAAGCAGAGCAAGAUUGACCGAGGGGCAGAGUCUUCGGAGACGAGUGCCCAGGGGAUAACGGAGAUUGUGAGGGGUGAUAGGGACGACGAGGUGAAUCAGUUCUUGGCCAAGCGGGGUGAGGUCCUCCCGUGGUAA